AUGGUCGUGUCCAUCAAAGGUUUGAUGGUCAAAGGCUCGAUCAGAUAUAAGCCUGGACGCUAUCUAGCUGCUAUCGACCUGACUACCGGUUGCAAGAUUGACAUUAAGAGACUGAUCACGAAUCGGUUCAAGUUCGAGCUGGCGGAGGAAGCAUUUGAGUUGAUCAAGGCCGGUCGGUAA